AUGAGACCAAUAGUCCCCCUCUACAGUGAAACCUCCAGCCCCAAACCCCCAUCAAGGAUUCUCCCCCAUAGAGGAAAGAAGGCUGCAAGGCGUUGGGAACGUACUGGAAAACCCAAGUCCCGGUCGGGUUGCGGUACCUGUAAGAUCCGAAGAGUCAAAUGCGACGAGGCUAGACCGAUAUGUAUCCGAUGUGCCAAGGGAAGAUUCGAUUGCGACGGGUACAGCAGCGACACCACCGGAGAAGCGAGCGACUCAAAUGGCUUCUCAAGCGGCACUGAAAGCUCUAUUAGCGACGUGUCUGCGUCCGCUGGAACCCCUUCAACACCUCUAAACCUGACCCCAAGUCCCUUAUCAGAUCACUUGGAACCUUGUACAUGGCAGGAAUCUAUUUGGCCAUUCUCUCCAUUUGCAUCGGAUUGCAACCCAGUCUAUGUUGAGCAUUUUAUCCAAAAUGCAAACCUCAGUAAUGCACUUUUUAGCUACAGCGAGCUUUACUCCACUAUUGUCCUUCACGAGACCCUCCAAGAUGAGUGUAUACAGAAGGCCGUCCUGGCUCUUGGGUCGUUCUUUUACAGUGGAUUUGUCUUAAGCAAGAACGGUGUACAGAUCGAGAUGGCCAAUCACCACAGACACCAAUCACUUCAGCUCUACAACGGUGCACUACACACUUUCCGCAAGAGAAUGCAGAAUUUGGCCCGCACCACAACUCGAUGGAUCACUUUCAUGACCCCGCUGUUGGCCAUGUACGAACUGCUUCAGGGCGACCUCAAUGCCGCAGAUCAACUUUUUAGCAGUGCGAUCGAAGCACUUCGUUCUUCAGGAGAUAUCUCGCACAUUUCGACUAGUGAGAGCUCUGGUAUGUUUUCUUAUACGAAUCUGCAAACUGUCGGAGAUACAAUACCCCUAUUCACGAUGACAAGUAAACAAAGCUGUGAUGCAGACCUACAUGGGGACUCUGUUGUAUUUCUCCACUCAGAUGUACUUACCGCUGUCAUUGAAGAUGCAAGCUUCCAUGAGGGGUAUUCCGGGGAUAUGCUGCACGACGUGUCGGUUUUGGAUAAUUAUUACGGCUGGAUCAACUGA